UGGGCGUAGACUCGAACCAGUCCGCUGCUGAGAAGUGAUAUGUGGAAUUUCGCUGACACCUUUGAGCGCCGUUCCAAAGUGUAAGCUACGCUCGGGUCUAUGAAGGGCGCUUCUUUGACCUUAAUCCUUCUACGUUUCGAAUCUCCACUAUGCGAAUUCAUUGCGCUCUUCGUGAAGCUGCUAAGGCCAAGACCUUCAUUCGAUUCGGCUCAGAAAAGAGCAGAAAUUUGGUUCGCGCAGUUUUGGAACCCCAUCCGCUACUUGGCCUUCGUACACAGGAUAUUUAUCACACAAUACAUGAACGCUUUCCCGACAAGGAAGAGAAAGACUGUUUUCUUCCCCCAGACGGAUCCCCUGCGAACCAUGUCCUUCCACCAAAACUCAAACACCCUAUAAGGUCUAUGUCGCAUCUAAAAUGCACAGUGCUGCCAGAAAUGGUGGGACUUGGUGAAAUUGAUAGGGUAUUUAUUAAGCAAGGAGCUUCACGAAGAGACGAGCCACGUUUGGAUCGUGUAACAUAUAGAAUGGGUGGAGUGAGCUGGGUUCCCACAGAUAUCAAGAAACCUCAAGAAUGGCGAUGGCGGUUGAAUCCAAAUUAUGAGCCCAAAGAGUUGCCGGACCCUGACAUCGCGACAGUAAUGAAGGCGCAGACACCGAGGGUGGCGGGGGGUCGUAAAGCAAAGUCCCGAGUAAAAGAAGAAAGGUUGACUUCUCAGAAGAGAACUUAUGGAAGGACUAUUGUAUGAUGACUGUCUUUACUCUGAUACACUUUCGAACAUCUAUCUUCAAAUGCUUGCACCAUCUGCUUUGACACCUGUCCGAAAAAUGCUGAAGAAACUGCAGCAUGAACUGGGCUUGCAAAAGCAAACGAAAGGUCCAAUGUAAC